UAAUAGUUGUAAUCAACGUAAAACUCGGUCAUAGUUUGAUGUUACGGUUGUGUGUAGCACCGAAAGCGUUAACAGCAAGAAACAAACACUAGAAAAUCUCCCGCCACCAAUAGAAUCCUCUGAGAGCUUUGGGUCUGAGCUGUAAAACGACGGCGCUUUGAGAAAAAUGUCGAUGCAGAUUGAAUUGAUCGAGCUUAACACCGGAGCCAAGAUCCCUUCCCUGGGCUUGGGAACGUGGCAGUCCGACCCUGGCCUCGUCGCUCAAGCCGUCGCUGCCGCCAUCAAGGUUGGUUACCGCCACAUUGAUUGUGCUCAAGUCUAUGGCAACGAGAAGGAGAUUGGCUCUAUCUUGAAGAAGCUGUUUGGGGAGGGUGUAGUGAAGCGCGAGGAUUUGUGGAUUACAUCUAAACUCUGGAAUACUGAUCAUGCUCCCGAAGAUGUACCGCUUGCAUUGGACAGGACUUUGAAAGAUUUGCAGCUUGAUUAUGUAGAUUUGUAUCUUAUCCACUGGCCUGCUCCAAUGAAAAAAGGAUCAGUUGGCUUUAAGCCUGAAAAUCUUGUGCAACCAAACAUACCUAGCACAUGGAAGGCAAUGGAAGCACUCUAUGACUCUGGCAAGGCCCGGGCUAUAGGUGUAAGCAAUUUUUCCACCAAGAAGCUGGCGGAUUUGCUGGAAGUUGCUCGAAUUCCUCCUGCUGUCAACCAGGUUGAGUGCCAUCCUUCGUGGCAGCAGGACAAGCUGCAGGCUUUCUGCAAAUCCAAAGGUGUCCACCUCUCUGGAUAUUCACCUUUGGGUUCCCCUGGAACAACCUGGGUCAAAAGUGAAGUCCUUAAGCAACCAAUUAUAAAUAUGAUUGCAGAGAAACUAGGCAAGACUCCUGCACAAGUAGCUCUUCGCUGGGGACUGCAAAUGGGCCAUAGUGUGCUCCCCAAGAGUACAAGUGAAGCAAGGAUAAAGGAAAAUUUUGAUGUUUUUGGCUGGUCUAUACCAGAGGACUUGUUCGCUAAAUUUUCUGAGAUUCAACAGGCAAGACUACUCAGGGGUACCUCAUUCGUCCAUGAAACUUAUGGUGGCUACAGAACUAUUGAGGAAUUAUGGGAUGGUGAAAUCUGAGCAGCCUUCUCUAUAAAUUUCAUAAAAGUGAAUGGACAGCAGAAUAGGAGUUUGUCCUGUCUUCGGGUAUAGGGUUCUGGGAAACUCUGAAUAGGUGUACUGCUUUAGUUAAACUCACCUAAUAUUGUUGAUUUUUUUACUUGAUCAAUUUUGAUUACUAUACU